CCAAAUAAAUCCAUAUCUAAUGAGGACAAAUUGGAUAAAUAGAGUGUUAUCAGCUGUUUAAUAUACAGCUGAGAAAAAUUACCUUCAGCUAGGCAUCCUUGAGGUCUGAUUACAGAAGUGAGCCUACCCCACCCACUCACCUAAAUUUUAUUUAAGAGACCAACCUAGGCUCUUCCUGGCUUUUAGGAAGAAGGCUGGCAUGGGGAAAUGUGUUCCUUGCUGAUUCUUCCAAGCCAUGGCGCUUCCCAGCAAGUUCUUCCUCUGGUUUUGCUGCUCUGCCUGGCUGUGUUUUCCCAUUAGCCUUGGUUCUCAGGCUUCUAGGGAAGCAGCUCAGAUUGCAGCUAGUGCUGAGUUGGAAUCUGAGGCUGAGCCUUGGUCCUUGCUGCAGCCUCUCAAUGGCGGAAACAGAUCUGGCCUCCUUCCUGCUCUCUUCAAGGUUCUGUAUGAUGGGCAAGGCAGGGCUCCUAGGCUGCAGCCAGACUCCAGAGCUUUACGCUACAUGAAGAGGCUCUACAAGACGUAUGCCACCAAGGAGGGGAUCCCUAAAUCCAACAGAGACCACCUCUACAACACUGUCCGGCUCUUCACCCCCUGUGCCCAGCACAAGCAGGCUCCUGGGGACCAGGUGGCAGGAACCCUUCCGUCAGUGGACCUGCUGUUUAACCUGGAUUGUGUUACUGCUGUUGAACACUUACUCAAGUCAGUCUUGUUAUACACAUUCAACAACUCAGUUUCUUUUCCCUCUGCUGUUAAAUGUGUGUGCAACCUGGUGAUAAAAGAGCCAGAGAGCAAGACUCUCCCCGGAACUCCAUACUCAUUUACCUUUAACUCACAGUUUGAAUUUAGAAAAAAAUACAAAUGGAUUGAGAUGGAUGUGACCCCUCUCCUUCAGCCUCUAGUGGCCUCCAACAAGAAAAGUAUCCACAUGUCUGUAAAUCUCACAUGUGGGAAAGACCAGCUGCAGCAUCCGUCAGCACAGGACAGUCCGCUUAACACGACUCUUCUGCUAUUCCCCUCACUGCUUUUAUAUCUGAAUGACACAAGUGCUCAGGCUUAUCACAGGUGGCAUUCCCUCCACUAUAAAAGGAGACCUUCACAGGGUCCUGACCAGAAGAGAGAUCUGUCUGCCUGUCCAGAGGGAGAAGGGGCUGCUGAGGGUAUAAGAUCUUCCCGUCACCGGAGAAGUCAGGAAGCUGUCAGCUCUGAAUUGAAGAAGCCUCUGGUUCCAGCUUCUUUGAAUCUGAGUGAGUACUUCAAACAGUUUCUUUUUCCCCAAAAUGAGUGUGAGCUCCAUGACUUUAGACUUAGCUUUAGUCAGCUGAAGUGGGACAACUGGAUUGUGGCCCCGCAAAGAUACAACCCUCGGUACUGUAAAGGGGACUGUCCCAGGGCAGUUGGGCAUCGGUAUGGCUCUCCAGUUCACACCAUGGUGCAGAACAUCAUCCAUGAGAAGCUCGACUCCUCAGUGCCAAGACCAUCAUGUGUACCUGCCAAAUACAGCCCUUUGAGUGUUUUGACCAUUGAGUCCGAUGGCUCAAUCACUUAUAAAGAAUAUGAAGAUAUGAUAGCCACUAAGUGCACCUGCCGUUAACACAUGGUCCUCUAGACUAACAUCUUGAGCCUGUUUGGCAAAGUAAAUGCCCUUCGCCUAUCUGCGCCUUCAGGAGAAAGCGUCAUGUGUCAGACCUGUAAAUAUAAUGCCGUGUGUGUUGUGUAAGGAGGAGCCUGUGUGGAUUAGCACAUU